AUAUACUACUAUAAUGAUGCUCGAACAACACACUCAACUUAUCCAUCUGGGUUGGAGGUUGUGCAGUUUCCAAACAACCAACGAGAAAAACACCAUCCUGAUGGUACAAAGGAGACAUGCUUCCCGGAUGGCACGGUCAAGAUUCUCCACUCAGAUGGUCAAGAGGAGAGCAUUUUUCCAGAUGGAACUGUUGUCAAGAUAUCACCACACGGGGAAAAGGUGGUGGAGUUUACUAACGGGCAGAGAGAGAUUCACACUUCACAAUACAAGCGGAGGAUGUUCCCGGAUGGAACCGUUAAAACUGUCUACACAAAUGGGAGGCAAGAAACAAAGUUCUCAUCUGGGAGGCUUCGCAUUAAGAACAAUGAAGGCCUCAUUAUAUUGGACAAAAAAUGA